AUGGCUCCCACCAGCAGCGCUGAGCUCCUGCAAGCUCAGGCAGAGCUCUGGAGCCACGCCUUCGCCUACCUCAAAUCCAUGGCGCUGCACAGCGUGAUCAAGCUUGGGAUCCCUACCGCCAUCCAUCGCUGCGGCGGGACUGCCUCCCUGUCCGAGCUGCAUGCGCACCUCCCGCGCACGGAGCGGGGUUCUACGGCUACGCCGGCCGUGACUUGGAGCUUGGUGCGCUGUUCAACGAGGCGAUGGGCGCCGACAGCCGCGUCACGGCGGGAAUCGUCGUGCGGCGAGGUGUUCGCGGGGCUAGCGUCCCUGGUCGACGUCGGAGGUGGGGAUGGCACCAUGGCGAAGGCCAUUGCGAAGGCCUUCCCGCAUGCUAGAUGCACGGUGUUGGAGCUUCCCCAACUGGUGGGCACCAUGCCGGUUGGUGGCAUGGUUGAGUCUGUUGCAGGUGACAUGAUGGAAUUUAUCCCUCCGGCUGGUGUUGUCUUACUCAAGUUUGUGCUGCGUAACUGGAGCGAUGAGGAUUGCGUUAGAAUCUUGAAACGCGCGAAGGAGGCUAUUUCUACCCGAGAACCAAAGGGAAAGGUGGUAAUCAUAGAUACAGUUGCGGGCUCGGCGUCCAGUAAACAAGCAUUUGAAGCCCAAGUUUUUAUGGAUGUAUGCAUGAUGAUGCUGACAACGGGGGAAGUGCGAGACGAGGAGAAGUGGCGCGGGUUGUUCCUGCAUGCCGGUUUUAGUCGACACAAGAUCAGCCCCAUCUUGGGAUCUCACUCAUCGAGCUCUUUCCAUAGACGACACAUCUAAUAAGCUGGGCAGAAGCUAGCAGCGUGGCACAGAAUGUCUCUGGCCUAUGGUCCUGUUGCACGAUCUUAUAAAGAUCUUACAUUUAUGUCUUUGAUUCUCGGUGAAGCUAAGAACAGGUGUUGCUUC